CCGGGAGAAGGCUUUCUCCAGCCCCCAAAGUUUUGAUGAUGACCAUGACUACGAUGGCUGACGGCUUGGAAGGCCAGGACUCGUCCAAAUCCGCCUUCAUGGAGUUCGGGCAGCAGCAGCAGCAGCAGCAACAGCAGCAGCAGCAGCAGCAGCAACAGCAGCAGCAACAGCAACAGCCGCCGCCGCCGCCACCGCCGCCACCGCCGCAGCCGCACUCGCAGCAGACCUCCCCGGCCAUGGCAGGCGCGCAUUACCCUCUGCACUGCUUGCACUCGGCCGCGGCGGCGGCGGCGGCGGCCGGCUCCCAUCACCACCACCACCAGCACCACCACCACGGCUCGCCCUACGCGUCGGGCGGAGGCAACUCCUACAACCACCGAUCUCUCGCCGCCUACCCCUACAUGAGCCACUCGCAGCACAGCCCUUACCUCCAGUCCUACCACAACAGCAGCGCGGCCGCCCAGACGCGCGGGGACGACACAGAUCAACAAAAAACUACAGUGAUUGAAAACGGGGAAAUCAGGUUCAACGGAAAAGGGAAAAAGAUUCGGAAGCCUCGGACCAUUUAUUCCAGCCUGCAGCUCCAGGCUUUAAACCAUCGCUUCCAGCAGACUCAAUACCUGGCCCUUCCCGAGAGAGCCGAACUGGCAGCUUCCUUAGGACUGACACAAACACAGGUGAAGAUAUGGUUUCAGAAUAAACGCUCUAAGUUUAAGAAAUUGCUGAAGCAGGGCAGUAACCCCCAUGAGAGUGACCCUCUCCCAGGUUCAGCAGCUCUGUCACCUCGCUCGCCAGCACUUCCUCCAGUGUGGGACGUUUCUGCCUCCACCAAGGGCGUUAGUAUGCCCCCCAACAGCUACAUGCCUGGCUACUCACCCUGGUAUUCCUCACCACACCAGGACACCAUGCAGAGACCACAAAUGAUGUGACUUGCUGAGUGGAUGGCCUCCGGGACUUCCCAGAGAAGCUCUGAGAACCCAGGACUCACCUGCAUCUGCCAAACAGCCUAAGCGACAAGCUCAGAGGAACUGUCCCUGGGAUCUGGGAUCUGGGUCUCUCCUCUCUUCUCUUCUCUUCUCUCUCUCUCUCUCUCUCUCUCUCUCCUUCCUACUCUCUUUCCUUCCUCCUUUUCUUUUUUCCACCCCUUUUUAUCUUUUUUUCCUUCCUUUCGCCCUUCCCUCCCUUUCUGCAAUCGCCUCUCUUCAGUAACUUAAUAAGUCCUUAAUAAGUAACUUUGCAUCUGACAGAGAGAGAGAGAGAGAGAGAGAGAGAGAGAGAGAGAGAAAGAGAGGUUUUUGUCCAGUGUUCUGGAAACCCAUCACUGUAAGGAUAUUUUCCCUCACACCUUGGGAUCCAGGCCUCAGGCCUCCUUUUUGGGACUCAACAUCAAAAUGACUUUUUUUUUUUUAAAUAGACAUUCUACACCCGCAGAACAAUCUGCACAAAAACAUGGCAGCAUUUUUACUUGUUUAAUGAGUUUAAGACAUUAUGUGAUGAAAGACAAGGAUUUUGGACUCCUGAAUUUUUAUUUACAAAUCCAAGACUGAGAGAAAAAGGAGGAGAAGAAGAAGAAGAAGAAGAAGAAGAAGAAGAAGAAGAAGCCCCAGUAUCCCUUCUCUAAAGAAAGAAGAGAAAUUGGCUGUGAAAUUAGAACAGUGCACAAAAGAAACGCUGCAUGUCUUACCUAAAUGCAAUGACCUGGAUCGAUGAUUCAACUAAAUACAAACAGUAACAGCAACAAGAAAGAUGCUCUUUGCAUAACCCACCUCUAAACUCUGAAUCAAGAAAGACCAAGGAAACAACCAAAAUCACCAUUCUAUUGCUUUGACACCUCUCCUAGGUGAAUAGUGGCAUUCACUAAGCUAA